CACUGUACACUCAAUGAUAUUAAUCUGCCAUUCUGCAGAUAUAUUUUUCUCUUUCUUCGUCUACAUUUUAAUUGCUUAAAAAUGUAUUCUAGAUUAAGAAUCUGUUAAAAUGUGUCUAUAAAUGCUUCGAUUUUUUUAAGAUUAAAACUAAGUAAAAUUAAAAGAUCAAUAUGAGUGUUUUUAAGUCUGCGAUGGGGUAUUUUAGUUCUGGGGGUGCCAACGGUGGCAGUGAUAAUGAUUUUGUUGGCCAAUUUGUUGAAAUUGGUAACAUGAAAUUAAGAGUGAAGAAAGUUAUAGCAGAAGGUGGAUUUGCAUUUGUUUUUGUUGCUCAAGAUGUAUCCUCUGGUACAGAGUUUGCUCUUAAGAGAUUGAUGGCAGCCGAUGAACAAGCUAAUAAAAAUAUUAUACAAGAAAUAAGCAUAUUAAAAAAGUUAUCUGGCCAUCCUAAUAUAAUUAAAUAUAUAGCGGCUUCAUUCCUUGACAAAACCAAAACCACCCAUGGAAUGGGUGAAUAUUUAUUAUUAACUGACCUCUGUAGUGGAGGUAGUUUGAUGGAGGCUUUGCAGAACAGGGGACAGGCUUUCCCUCUAUCAACUAUAUUAAGGGUAUUCUAUCAAACAUGCAAGGCUGUACAGCAUAUGCAUGCUCAAGUGCCUCCUAUAGCACAUAGAGAUCUUAAAUUAGAAAAUUUUCUUAUAUCAAAUGAAGGUACAAUAAAGUUAUGUGAUUUUGGAUCUGCGACAACUGAAGUGUAUUCCCCAAAUCCAUCAUGGAGUGCAAAUCAAAGAAAUAUGUUGGAAGAAAAUCUGGCCCAAUUUACAACUCCAAUGUAUAGGGCACCAGAAAUGUUGGAUACUUGGGACAACCACAAGAUAGACCAUGCCGUUGAUAUAUGGGCAUUAGGCUGUAUAUUGUAUACCUUGUGUUACAUGCAACAUCCAUUUGAAGACUCAGCGAAGUUAGCAAUACUUAAUGGAAAUUUCAACCUUAAUCCAAACGAUCAGCGUUACAAAUGUUUCCAUGAGAUAAUAAACGGCUGCCUGUGUGUGAACCCAGCCCAGCGGUUGACCGUCAGCGGUGUGCUGGAGAGGCUCGCUGCGGUCGCUGAGUCCAACAACAUCAACCUCAAGCAACCACUCAAAUUUGAGCGUAAAAAAGUUGAACAAUCCGUGGCCACUAGCUCGCCAGCUAAUAACGGUACACCAAAUAUACAAGAGCCAGCGGUUCCCCGACCCCCGGAGCCCGCUCGUCCCCCGCCGCCCGCGCGCCCCCCCGCUGCGCCCCACUACCACCCACCACAACAACAGAUCCCCGCCACGGGGGGACUCUUUUCCUCUAUCAAAGAUGGCGCCGGCAGUUUCUUGAAAAACCUUAAAGACACCUCGUCCAAGGUCAUGCAGACGGUCCAACAGUCCAUAGCCCGCGCCGAUUUAGACAUUAGCUAUAUAACGAGUCGCGUGGUUGUGAUGUCCUACCCAUCGGAACUAUUGGAGAGCGCGUAUAAAACGAAUCACAUAGAAGACGUUAGGAUAUAUCUGGAGAGUCAUCAUCCGGGCGGUAAGUACUGCGUGUACAGCGUCCACGAGUCCCGGGCGCGUUUCCCUCGCCGGCAGUUGGUCACUGACACAUCACUAUGGCCGAGGGACGAAGACCGCGCCCCGCUCCUCGCGCCAUACUACGCACUUCUGCAGCACAUGUACCAGUACUUAGGGAAGGACGAUAAGUCGGCGUUGGUUAUAGCCUGCCAGGAUGGCAAGUCCAGGUCGUGUAUGCUCCUCUGCGGCCUCCUGAUGUACGCCAAGCUGGUCACCGUACCCGAGGACGCUCUCCAGAUAUUCGCCGUGAAGCGAACCCCGAUCAACCUGCCGCCCAGUCAGCUGAGAUACCUCUACUACCUCAGUAACAUCGUUAGACCCGAACCAAUUCUUCCUCACUUUAGACCAGUGUCACUGGUCUCUAUAACAAUUCAGCCUGUGCCACUUUUUACAAAAGCAAGGGACGGGUGCAGGCCCUACUUAGAAGUUUACAAUGAAGAUAGAUUAAUUUCUCCGCCGAUAAGAAAUUAUGAAAGUCUACAUUUGUAUAUGAUGGCAGAAGGAAAGGUGACGCUGCCUGUGGACAGCACGGUGUGCGGGGACGUCACGCUGGUGGUGCUCCACGCGCGGCACCAGCUCGGCCGCCUGCAGCGCGUGCCCAUGAUGUCCGUCUCCUUCCACACCGGCUUCCUGGCAUAUGACCAGCAUGCUAUCAAGUUUACCAGAUCAGAAAUUGACGGUAUCGACGAAGCUAGUCCUGUGAACGAUCACUUCUCCUCAAAUCUCACCGCGGUGAUAAGUCUGGUCGUACAGAACGGUGAGCGAAGAAAACCGAGGAGUGAUCUGUGGGAAGAAGACCACUCCUAUCCCAUACGGACACCGAAUGUAUUGUUCUCGAGUAAUUUGGAGAGAGAUGAGACUAUUGAUAACUUUGCUAAUAUACGAAGAAACCCACCAGCCAUACCUCCGACAAUAUCGACGGACGUGCCCUCGUCUUCAAGGGAGCCCCCCCGUCCCCCUCGGCCCGCGGCCCCUCGUACCGCGUCCCCCUCUCCCGCCGCUCCCCACCGGCCGCCGCCCCCCGCUGUCACCGCGGACUUCCUCAACAUAGAGGAGAAACAGGCCUCGGUGAAAGCGACCCCUCAACUGAAAAACGAAGACUCCUUUGAUUUCUUCGGCAUGAUGGAGAAACCUAACGACGACUCAUUCGGAGAUUUUCUGAGCGGUCAAGCGUCAGAAAACACACAAUCUUUCCCGCAGCCGUCGCAGUCUUUAUUUUCUGACCUGCCCGCACCAAACAUCACCAACUCUAACGUGAACUCGAGUGACCCUCUCAACUUCGAUCCUUUCGGCCUCAACGAGCCUAUACCAAAACAGGAACCGAUACUCGCCCCGACUGUAAAGGAAGAUGCAAAACCUCAGAACGUACCGCCGGAGCAGGCCAAGCGUGAUCCGUUCGCGGAUCUCGGUAUAUUAGGCGCGGGUCUGGGCGGAUCUAGUACAGCUCCCACUCCUCAGGCGACCCCGCUGGUGACCCCGUUAGUGACCCCAAUGGUAUCUCCUCGCGCCUCCCCCGCACACACUCCACACCACGUUCCGACCCCAGCCCGCUCGCCCGCACACCAACCAGACUACAGCCGCACUCAUUUUGACGCCGCUAAACCCGCCGGACCAACGGAAGAAAAGGUUAAGAAGUCUGGGGAUGUGUUCGGUGAUUUAUUGGGGAGUCAGGGAUAUGACUUCGCGAAACGAGACCCAGGACCGAGGACCAUCAACGCCAUGAGGAAAGAGGAAAUGGUCAAGGUCAUGGACCCUGAUAAACUAAAAAUACACGAAUGGACGGAGGGCAAGAAGGCGAACAUUCGCGCUCUAUUGUGUUCAUUACACAGCGUGGUGUGGGCCGAGUGUCGCUGGACGCGUGUCGACAUGUCCCAGCUGGUGUCUCCCGCGGACGUUAAGAAACAUUACCGCAAGGCUUGUCUCGCCGUACAUCCUGAUAAACAAAUGGGAACAUCGAAUGAAAACUUAGCUAAAAUGAUAUUCAUGGAACUGAACAAUGCGUGGAGCGACUUUGAAAACGACUCCAAGCAACAGAACUUGUUCCAAUCUUAAAAUACUUACUUCGAUAAAACCGAUUCUCUCACGUAGCUACUUAGCAAAAGAAUUAUAGGCCGCCAUGCUUCGGGCUUCUUAAACUCUUUUGCCGCACGAUUGUUUAUUUAAGUAUAUAGACAUAUACCAAUAUAUUGUGGUUAAAGCGGUAAACAGUGUCACUAUAAUAAUCAUGCUUUAAAAGCUUCAAUAAUUUGUAGCCAAUAAAUACAGAUCUUCCUUUUGAAUCAGUAAAUAGGAGUCAGACCAUUAACAUAUAAUACUUAAUAAGUAUUCGAGCCACAUUUUUAUAUAGUUAUUACAAUAAAUUCAUAAUGAAACCCAGUAUACCUAGCGGUGCCAUAGCCAUAUGUUUGUCACAUUCAGUGGUCCAUUGAUCGGGCAAAAAAUUGAUUUGUUUAACAAAUAUCAUUAACCCAAUGGUCUUAAAGCGAACAAUUAAUGUUAAAGCUUAUAAUGUAAUAAAAACUUGAAGCCCCGGAUGUAACAUUUUUGAUAAGACAUAAUCAAAUUAAUUGUAUGAUAUGAAACUUAGUAAUAUAUAUAUAUACACAGCCACUUAUAUAUAUAAGUGAUUUCCUUGAAAUCUUAUUCAAAUCUGUCAAUAUGACAAUUGGUAUUAAAUAAUUUGUUGGUCUACACUUUAAUGGUACUUCGGUAUCUAUGAGUACGGUCAAUGUUUAUUGAUGUUAAUACACUUCUAUACAAUGUUGGAUUGGCUUUGUUACGAUUUCUACUAAAAGUUUAUUGUACGUUCAAAAGAUUUUUUUUUUUACACAUUUUACUUACGAUUCGUUUAGGGACAAAGUCUGUUAUGGUACUUACAUAAUAUUUUUAGCAAUGUAUUAUAAGUAUUAUUUAGGUCUAGGAAAUCACUUAAUACCAUAUAACAAUGGGAGUAGAAUAAAUUAAGAGUUCUCAUUUCUUUUAAACGAUCUUAAAUAAAUGUCUUGACAUAUGUAUUGUGUAAUAUAUUUAUAAUGUAAGAAGUGUGAUGGAAAUGUUAUUUUAAGCUGCUUUCUCAUUAAGUUUUGUACAUUCCUGUCAUUCACAUAACGAGUUAUAUAUAUUUUUAUUUUGAGGAUAUUUUCAAAAGGUAUUUAAGCCAUCAAUAUUAUUUAUAUUCUUUGAAUCAGUUUUCGUUGGUAUAAUUUUGUGAAUUGCGACCCAGGGCCUAAGAGUAUUAUCCGAUUGUUUAGAAAAAUUUGUGUAUAUUUUGCUUAUUUGGUUCAAUAAUGUUAUUCCGGUUAAUGGAAUGGUUGAAGAAUAAUAAAUAAAGCAUAUGUUUAUGA